GAAAGGGGUGGAUGACGGAGGCAGGGCUGCAGGUUUAUAGGGAGCAACGGCGGCUGGGUGGCGAUGUGAUUUCUUCUUGGCCUGAUUGACUGGCAGCUGCAAAAACUCCCAGGUCUGCUGGACAACAUGCAACUUGCCGUAUCCAUCGCUGUGAUCCUGAUGGCUUUGUCCGUUGUGACAGAGUCCACUGAGGUUUCACCAACGGAGCCCACCUUGUCUCAAAAGUUUGAGAGGUUCCAGAAUGAAUUUCGGACUUUUGUUGACAACGUUAAAGAGAAAACCCAGGGCGCUUUCCAUGACUUGCACAACAGUGAAUUUAGCAACAAGACCAGGAACUGGUUCUCCGAAAAAUUCCGGAAGCUGAGGGAAAAAAUCCACACAACUUUUGGGGACACUGACUGAAGGCGCUCUUCUGAACUUACAGGGAAAGCGUAUGCCCCCAGGCACAUCUCUGACUGGAACGAAACUGCCAUGAAGUAACUUCUGCCCCUUCUAGGGCAGCUGCUGCUGAAUUUUGAAGGGCACCUGUACUAACUUCCCCUCCACCCAGCAGCCGCUUCAUUUUCUACUUUUUGUUAUGUUUUUAUUGCCCUCAUUAAUCAGACGCAAAUAAAUGUUUUAAAAGCCUCUCUGGCGAAAAGA